AUUUAAAAACUACAAAUUGAAAACCAUCUUUAGAAUUUCUCGUCACCGCUUCUGCUUCAUCGGGUUCUUAUUUUUAUCACUCACGCUUAACUCGGUGGCGACGACUCACCACUUUCAACUAUAUAACCCUAAACUCGGAUCCUCUAACUCAAUCAAUUUCACACAACCAAGGUUUCCGGUUAACCAUUUUCCCCCAAAUUGGAAGAAAGUGUUUUAUUAUCUUUCUCAGUUCACCGAAUCCUUGGCACUGUAUUACCCCAAAUUGGAAGGAAGUGUUUUAUUAUCUUUCUCAGUUCACCGAAUCCUUGGCACUCGCAAUAGUGUUCUGGUAGGAGCAUCUCCUUGCUUUUUGUAUCUGUAGCUGAUUUGGAGGUGUUUUAGCGAAGAACAUGGCAUCAAAAAGGGAAAGGGUAACUGGUGAUAGGGUGGAGGAGGAAGAACUUGAUUUUGAAUUGAAAAGGCAAAGAGUGAAUGAGAACUCUUCCCCCUCUCCUUCUCCUGUCUCUAUCGCAAAUCCUCUUUCUGGGCUGGCCAAUAAUUAUGCUGACAUUGAUGAGGAGGAAGAUUAUUAUCAAAGGGAUAAGGGCACUGUUAGCAACAAUAGGAAUGGUGGGUCUCAACAGAAUGGACAUAAAUAUGAAGGGGAUGAUGACAGUGAUGAAGAAGAUGAUUUAGGCAACCAACUAUUUGUUGGAAGAAAUAGUCGCCAGGUGGAGGUUCGGAGGGACUGUCCUUAUCUGGAUACUGUUAAUAGACAGGUUUUGGAUUUUGACUUUGAGAAGUUCUGUUCUGUCUCUUUGUCAAAUCUAAAUGUCUAUGCAUGUUUGGUUUGUGGUAAGUACUACCAAGGGAGAGGGAAAAGGUCUCAUGCCUAUACACAUAGUCUGGAAGCCGGGCACCAUGUUUAUAUCAAUCUCCUGACUGAAAAAGUCUACUGUCUUCCUGAUGGCUAUGAAAUUAAUGAUCCUUCAUUAGAUGACAUCCGGCAUGUCCUGAACCCAAGGUUUGCUGCAAAAGAUGUUGAACAACUGGACAAAAAUAAGCAGUGGUCCAGGGCACUUGAUGGUUCUAGUUACCUUCCGGGAAUGGUUGGACUUAAUAAUAUUAAGGAGACAGAUUUUGUGAAUGUAACAAUUCAAUCCUUAAUGAGAGUUACCCCAUUGAGGAAUUUUUUUCUUAUCCCUGAAAACUAUCAACACUGCAAAUCUCCACUUGUUCAUCGAUUUGGGGAACUCACUAGGAAGAUCUGGCACGCACGAAACUUUAAAGGACAGGUCAGCCCCCAUGAAUUUCUUCAAGCAGUGAUGAAAGCUAGUAAAAAACGGUUUCGAAUAGGUGCACAGUCUGACCCAGUUGAGUUCGUGUCAUGGCUUCUUAAUACGCUGCAUGCUGAUCUUAAAACUUCAAAGAAGAAUAUGAGCAUAAUUUAUGAGUGUUUUCAGGGUGAACUUGAGGUUGUUAAAGAGAUUCCUAACACAAGGAUCAAUGAAACUUCAAAUAUGCCAUUUCUGAUGUUAGGAUUGGACUUGCCGCCACCUCCUCUUUUCAAGGAUGUGAUGGAGAAUAAUAUAAUACCUCAGGUUGCACUCUUCAACAUACUAAAGAAGUUUGACGGUGAAACUGUCACAGAGGUGGUCCGUCCUCAUAUAGCAAGGAUGAAGUAUCGUGUUACCAGAUUGCCGAAGUAUAUGAUUCUUCACAUGCGGCGAUUUACCAAGAACAAUUUUUUUGUGGAAAAGAAUCCUACUUUAGUCAACUUUCCUGUGAAGAACCUGGAGUUGAAGGAUUACAUUCCCUUGCCAACAGCAAAAGGAAAUCAGAAAUUGCACUCUAAAUAUGAUUUGAUUGCAAAUAUUGUUCAUGAUGGCAAACCUGGCGAAGGAUCCUAUAGGGCAUUUGUGCAACGAAAAUCAGAAGAACUAUGGUAUGAGAUGCAGGAUUUGCAUGUAUCAGAAACACUCCCUCAUUUGGUUGCGCUUUCAGAAGCGUACAUGCAAAUAUAUGAGCAGCAGCAGUGAAAGGCCGAGUUCAAAUCCUUUUCUGAGAGCACCAUAAUCUGAAAGCAAGUAUUCUGAAGGAUUUAGAACGAAAAUAUGAGCAGCAGCAGUGAAAGGCCGAGUUCAAAUCCUUUUCUGAGAGCACCAUAAUCUGAAAGCAAGUAUUCUGAAGGAUUUAGAACGAAACACAAUUCAUGGGCAGACACAAAAUUGGUUAAUAGGUUGUAGUUUAGAUACUUUUCGGGAACUAUAAAGUGACUAUUGUAGCCGAGUGAUUCAUAAUAUUCAAAUGCAUUGCAUAGUCUUGAGGGACUCGGUUGAUUUUGUUUUUGUUGUGAGGGAGUUAUCCUAAUUGGAGAAGGUUACCAACAAAGGGGUGGGCAUGGUUCGGUUUUGGAAGAAAACUGAACCGAACUAAACUAAACUGUUUUCAAAAUUCAUAGUAACCGAACCAAACUGAUAACCAUGAACUGAACCGAACUGUUUCAGUUCAGUUUUAAAACCGUUAGUUAUGGUUCAGUUUUUUUUGGUUUGGUUCGGUUUAGUUUGGCGGUUCGAUUAAAUCUUUUAUAGUAUAUAUAGUACGUUUAAGACUAAAUAGACGAAAGUUGUUUUCUUUCAUUCAUUUUGCAUAUCUUAAUGGGUUACAAUCUUUAUGAGUUCCCAUA